AUGACUGCUACGUUGAAUGGGAUGUAUAAUUCCGCUCCAGAUACACCGUCGCCUGUUUAUCCGGACAGGCUGAUCCGGCCCCUUCCCAAACGGACCCUGCGCUCUCGCCUGUCCACCGAGGCUGCCGACUCUAUCCUUUACCCUCUCGCUCCUCCCGCGACUCAGCUGUUCUACGGGACCUCGCUCGAUCACGCCGAAGUCGUCAACGACACCAAGGUCUACGUGCAGCAGAGCCUGGAUGCAGAUGCACUCGCUCAGCCUUGCGAACGAGACGCUCAUCUUCCUUAUGAGAACGGCAUUGACUUGGAAAGUGGUGACGAAAAUGGUCCCGUAGUUGUUCGUCGAAGUGCUGGUUUUCGCGGAUCAUCACUAUCGUCGUCUGCCUCUAGCGUUCAGCCGCACGCAAGUGCCAACAAGGUUGAGGAGUCGCAGAUCAAGUCAUCCUCGGCGGGUCCCGACGGGUACGAUGCCUUUGAGAACACUAACAACAAGAAGAAGCGCAAGAUUCCCACUCCCGGUAGCCUAGGCGGCCAUCAUUCUACCCUUUCUCCCGAAUUUUCGAAUAUGGGUCUGGCCAAUUCUGCCCAGGCAUCGUCAAACGCCCCCAGUGAACUCGGCAACGUUGGUACAUAUUACGGAACCGGCAGCCCGGCAUCUCCCAUACUCAAUGGUAUCUCCGGUCCCGGUAGGGGUCGUCUGGGGCGCCAUCCCUCUCGCAGUGGCGCCUCGAGGAACCCUGUGUCAAUCCAUUCUCAGGUCGGCUGGCCAACCGGCCGAGCAGCAGGUCGUCGCGAGGGCAUGUUAUCAACAUCGGCACCCGCUGGUACUUCUCAUCCCUUCCCCUCCAUCCUUCAUGGUCGGCCCCCGCUAACUCGGUGUUCAGGCGAUCCCACUGCAAAGCCUGACCAGGGAAUCAUCUCCGCCGCCAUAGCGAACGCUGCGACAUUUUCGUCCCCUCUUCGCGGCCCCAGCAACACUAGUCUGCUUGAACAGCAGCAAACACCCACCAAGACCCAGUUCACGUUUACCUGUGAAUCCGACUCGUCAAAAGGCAUGGCGAUGCAGGCACAGCAUCUGUACCCACCACAGCACCGAUCGUCCGUUCCCCUUACCGCAGCGGCCCAGAUUCAACGAGGAUUCGCUACGCAAGGAACCCAGACAAGCCCGAGUAUGAAUGCACAGGUAGACCAACAAGGACAUCUACAGCAGCAGCAGCAGCAGCAACCGCCGCUACCGCAGCAGGGAGCUCCUGGUGCCGACUCGACUGGCGCAGGCCGGAAGAAGAAGCGCUCGCCGGGAAGUAUCUAUGCUCUAGCUGCUCGUCAGCGCAAGAUUCAGCAACAAUAUACCAAUCUUCACCAUCCCCCGAGUCUGGACGAUAUCUGGAUUUGUGAAUUCUGCGAGUACGAGAGUAUUUUUGGCCGGCCACCCGAGGCUCUUAUUCGACAGUAUGAAAUCAAAGAUCGCAAGGAGCGAAAGCGACUCGCCGAGAAGAAAAGAUUGCUGGAAAAAGCCAAGAUGAAAGGCCGCAAGAGCAAGAAGGCAACCAAGAACGCGGCGAAAAAUGCCGCGGCACACCAAGCCGUGUAUGAUCCCGGGUACGACCGCGCGUCUGUAGAUCAUUCUUCGGCCGGGGGGCAUGGGGGCCACGAUGACGAUUAUCUACCACAUGAGUACGAUGAUGAGCCUAUCCCCAUGCCACCUCCCGCGCCGCCCAACGCCUUCAAGACACCGCCGGCUUCGUGGCAUCCGGUUCCCGCGGUGUCUCCCCCACCGGACACCAAACCAGUUCUCGACGGGGCGAACAUUCGACCACCCUGA